CUCGGGCUCCCGCAUCCAGUGUCGGAAGAUGUGGGGAAGAUGGCGGAGCUGCAGAUGUUGCUGGAGGAGGAGAUCCCCGCAGGCCGCCGAGCGCUGCUGGACAGUUACCACAACCUGGAUCGGGUGGCCGAGUACUGCGAGAGCAACUACAUCCAGAGUGUUCUGGGGGCAGCCCACAAGUGUUGCCACGCUUCCAGCGCCAACAUAGCAUGUCUACAACUUCCUAACCCGUACAUCUUUGGAAUGUGGAAGGAAACCGGAGCACCCGGAGGAAACCCACGCAGACACGGGGAGAACAAACAACUGGGGAGAAUGAUUAACAAGGCAGCAGAUAAACAGCGAGCUCUGGAGGAAACCAAAGCUUACACAACCCAAUCCUUAGCAAGCGUGGCCUACUUGAUCAACACAUUAGCGAAUAAUGUGCUCCAGAUGCUGGAUAUCCAGGCAUCCCAGCUCCGACGCAUGGAGUCGUCAAUCAACCACAUUUCACAGACUGUGGACAUUCACAAGGAAAAGGUUGCCAGAAGAGAGAUUGGUAUCUUGACAACCAACAAAAACACCUCCAGGACACACAAAAUUAUUGCCCCGUCCAAUCCUGAGAGGCCUGUCAGGUACAUCAGGAAGCCCAUUGAUUACGCCAUCUUGGACGACAUCGGUCAUGGAGUGAAGUGGUUGCUUAGAUUUAAGGUUAGCACUCAGAAUAUGAAGAUGGGUGGGCUUCCACGGAGCACCCCACCCACACAGAAACCCCCCAGUCCUCCAGUGUCGGGGAAAGGCACCCUCGGUCGACAUUCUCCUUAUCGGACACUGGAGCCCGUGCGCCCUCCGGUGGUGCCAAAUGACUAUGUACCAAGUCCAACUCGCAACAUGAGCUCCUCACAGCAACAAAGUCCAGUGCGGACAGCUUCUGUAAAUCAGAGAACAAGGACAUACAGUAGCAGUGGAAGCAGCGGAGGAAGCCACCCAAGCAGCCGCAGUAGCAGCAGAGAGAAUAGUGGCAGUGGGAGUGUUGGGGUCCCCAUUGCUGUUCCGACUCCUUCUCCACCCAGUGUGUAUCCAGGCUCUGCUGGUACGCCUCCACCACCUACCACCCCUAAUCCUACUCCAGCCCCUGUUCCUGCUGCUCCUGCCUCCGCUGCAGUACCUGCUUCAACUCAAGGUCCUGUUCCCUCUGCAACCCCUGCCCAUGUUCCAAUACUGACCCCAGACUCCAUAGCAGGAGCUCAGCCCUUUGCUGAUGGCUUCAUCUCACCAUCUCUCCCUGCUGUCUCUUCCGCUCCUACUGCAGGGCAUACUACCCAGUUCUACAGCAUGAAUCGACCAGUGCAACGGCAGAAUCCUACCACUAUUGGAGGUUCUCUGCCUGGCUACAGGCGCCCACCAUCCUUGGCCUCACAGGCCAGUCUACAGAACCAAGUCAACGGAGGUCCGUACUACUGUCAGAACCAGGCAACUGAAUCAAGAGCGCCCCUUGCUCCACCGCCACCUUCUAUCCUGCAGGUUACACCACAGCUGCCACUGAUGGGCUUCGUGGCCAGAGUUCAGGACAAUAUUUCAGAUGGCUCAACCCCUCCUCCACCUCCACCAGCUGAUGAUGUAGUAUUUGAUGAAUCACCCCCACCUCCCCCACCACCAGAGGAUUAUGAGGAGGAAGAGACAGCUGUGGUGGAGUACAGUGACCCAUAUGCAGAGGAAGAUCCACCCUGGGCACCUAAGAAUUAUUUGGAGAAAGUGGUUGCUAUCUAUGACUAUUCAAAAGACAAAGAGGAUGAAUUGUCUUUCCAAGAGGGCGCCAUCAUUUAUGUGCUGAAGAAAAAUGACGAUGGCUGGUACGAAGGAGUGAUGAACGGUGUGACUGGUCUGUUCCCUGGCAAUUACGUGGAAUCCAUCAUGCACUAUGCAGAGUGAGGUGCGAAAGGCAGCCCCCCCUCCCCUGGCAGCUGCCACCCUCCUGCUGGUGUACUGUCACACUCUGUGGCUUCCUGUAAUGCUCGGACAUGCACAAGCUGAAAAUGAAGGAUUCAAGUAAACAACAUGCAAAAUAUAUACAUUUAUUGAACCAGGAUGGAGCAAAGUGGCAUUGUCUCUUGGGAGGCUCUUAUUCCAAUGUAAGCUCUGGUGACUGUUGUGAAACGAGCUCUGCGCACACGUGUACACAACCAAGCACACACACAUACUUGCACAAACACACAUACUCUCACAGACACACACAUGCACAUGCUCGUGCUCUCUCUCGCGCGCUCUCUCUCUCGCGCGCUCUCUCUCGUGCGCUCUCUCUCUCGUGCGCUCUCUCUCUCGUGCGCUCUCGUGCGCUCUCUCGCGCGCGCUCUCUCUCGCGCGCUCUCUCUCGCGCGCUCUCUCUCUCGCUCUCUCUCUCUUGCGCUCUCUCUCUCUUGCGCUCUCUCUCUCUUGCGCUCUCUCUCUCUUGCGCUCUCUCUCUCUUGCGCUCUCUCUCUCUCGCGCUCUCGCUCUCUCUCGCGCUCUCGCUCUCUCUCGCGCUCUCGCUCUCUCUCGCGCGCGCGCUCUCUCUCGCGCGCUCUCUCUCUCGCGCGCUCUCUCUCGCUCUCUCUCUCUCUCGCUCUCGCUCUGUCAAUCGUGCAACACAGUCAUUCCUGGUGUUAAGGGUUGACCGAUACCACCGUUACUACAGGGCAAAUACCUUGCCAGAUAAUGGCCCAAACAAACUGCAUCUGUGGUACUGCCAGAUUCUGAAUUAAGCUAUUUUCUUUCCCAUUUUGUAAGGAAGUUCUCAAAGUAGCUAUUCCUCAAGGCUCAAUAUGGACAUCAGUUGGAAGCAGUCAUAUAACAGUACUAAUUUACACAGCAGCCUUACAGGAUAUGCUGGCAGAUGGCUCAUGUAUGGGUUCACCUGGGAGCAUGGGAAUUGGCAUUUCAUUAAAGCCUGGCGAGUAUAUUUAGUUUUCAUCUGUCACUGUGAAACAGCUGUAAGUACUUUUCUGGGUUUGUUCCCUUUUAAAUGGGAGGGGGGUGGUGGGAUGUGCCUGGAGAGAGCAACAUGGGUGGGAUUACAAGAGUAUAGGUUUGUCACUGUGCGAUAGUUGCUUAUAGUGUUGUUAAGGGCUGGUAUAUCACUAGAAAGCACUGAGAUAUUAUUGAUGGGAACAGAUCUAUUACUGUAUCAUAAUAUGGUACAGAAUUAAAUACUGUCCUAAAAGAGUUUAAUGAUAGAAUACAGUACUAACGGGAAUUGGGUUGCAUAGAAAUUUCAAGAGAAUGGGCAUUGAGCUGCAAGUGUAAUACACAGUAUUAUAGAUUUAAGAUUAAUAAUUUCUCCAAUUAUGUAGUGUCAAAUAUGUUAAACAAGGUUAGAAGCAGCAAGACUAAAAACCUUCUUGUUGUUUCCUCAUCUUUUUCCUAAAUUUGUUGAACAAUAUUCUUGAUCCCAGUUGAUCACAGAAUAAAUAGAAUUGAUGGAGACUUAUUAAUGAAUGCUUGAGAUUUUAAGUUGUCCUGAUGCCAAUUUUAGACAUUCCAAGCCUUGACCUGGGGAGUGGUGGGUGGGGGUAUUGGGAAGAGAGUUGAGGAAGAUGACACAUGUUUGUACCAAGCUGCUAGGGUGUGAAGGACUUCAUUCUGUGUUUAUUCAAGAUGCAUUUUGGUUACCAAGUCAAGAUUUGAUCUAUGUUCAUCUCACAACUACAUUGCUGAAGUAAAAGAUUGUGACUUAGUGAACUCGCCAGGAAUUGUGUGCACUUGUCUGGCGACCUGGACUUAUGCAUGAAGAAUGGGACCAAUGGGCACCUGAACCUGGUGGAAAGAUCCCAGAAGAGGACAAAGGCUGCUGGAAAUAGAAUACAAGUUGGUAAAAGCAAAUGAGUAUAAGCAAAAGUCAUCUUUAAAGAAUGAAUUUACGUGGAGAUCUACAGAACAGCCAUUAUCCAUCUGAGUUUCAACAUCUUGUAUGACAGCAACUAAUUGGAGAUUAGGAGCCAGGUUCUAUAAAUGGAUCUGUUUGUUACUGAUUAUUCUUGCUUUCAGAUGAGAUUGGUGAACAGGUUUCUGGGAAUUGUACAACAAUUUAUACCACUGUUGGGUGGCCAGUACAGUUACUUGGUUGCUGCCAACAUUGCCUUCCAGGAUUAUUAUGGUCUCCAGGAAAUCCAGCCAUUGCUGUGAGCAAUCCAAGAGAAAUAACAUGUGUUUAAAAAAAAAAGUAAUUUUUAUUCCAUCUUCAUGAAAUAUUAAAGGUCAUCAAACUCCAUUUCACUAACCUUCAAGCUAGUCCAGUUAGAUAACAUUUAGUUUACUUUCCAGUUGGCAUAGAAAGGCACUUGGGAAUAGUAGAUGAAACGUCCAGGAUAAAUGUCAAGAGUUGGAGGUCAUUUUUCAAUUUCCACCAUUGUACUGUGUUGACAAUAUUCAGAAUAUAUGCAUGAAUUCUAAAGCAUGGAUCUCAAAGUCCAAAAAGUGUGGUUUCUCUGCAAUUGUCACAAACAUCUUUUGGCUUUAACUGAGUUAUCUAGCUUUCCUUGAAUUGCUGACUUGUGAGUUCAAAGCCAAAUCCAACUCUUGAGCUCAUAAUCGGCAUUCAUGGCUCAAUGCAGUCACAAGGGAAUGCUUUGUCAAACUUUGGCAAAAUUGGUCCAAUUUUGGAUAAGAUAAUCUGCAAACUGUUUUGGUGCAAAUAUGAAAGAAACACCUUAACCAUAAGGUAAGAGAGUUAAUAUUCUGGCAGCAAGAAAUCCAAUGGACUGAAGUUUAUUCUUCAUCUAAACUGACCUUGCAACAUGACCUUUACUUCCAAAAUCACUGUAAAUUUUAUGCAACUUUUUUAGGUUAUGAGCUCCCUAAUACAUAAAUCUUUAUAUAAAAAUGGUACACAUUUCAGGCGGCAAGGGUAGUGUACAUAUACACUUGUCAAUAGCACACAAUAAUAAUAGCUGCAGCUAUAAUUUUAGGCAGUGUAUUUACAUUAUAAUUUAUAUUUUAGCCUCUGUUUAGGAUAUAAAAAUCUCUAAAGAAAUGAAACAACUGCCUGAGGAUGUGGUACUUCUGAAAAGCCCAGUGCUUUAGAUAGUGAAUGCGGGUCAAUGGCCUUGUAGUACUGGUCCUUCUUGUUGUAUCGGUCGACCCUUUGGUUUCUUUGCUUAUUAUGCAGUACUAAUGUGUAAAUAUCCUCUGGUUUUAUGCAUCAUUUUGUAAGAUUUAAGUCCUCUGGGUUGGCUAAGAUGCUGCGUGAAGAAUACUGACUAGAGCUUGAUAUACAAGAAUCUGUGUCUGUAAUGUUUGAAUAGACUGCAUGCUAUAGUCCCUGUCCUGGAGCUUGCUUUAAUUCCUCACAUUAUCCUCCUCUUAAAGCUAAACUUUGUCAUUUCUUGUUGUGGGUGGGAUAGGAAUGUGUAUCCUCCUACUCUGUCGCAGAAAUGCAGGGAUUUUUCACUGUACCAAGGCCCACCAACAUGGGAUACUGCCAGAUGCCCCCUUCAUUUCACUGCCAAAUGCCUCUUACUACACUGCCAAAUGCUCCCAUAAAAGCAUCACCAAAUUUUCCCUUCAUUGAAAUGCACACACAUUCCAAGGCAAUAAUCUAAAAGGAAGCUGCACAUUAUUAACUGAUUUUUUUAGGUUUCCCACACAGCACUAAUUUCUUAUUUGAGUGAGCAUUUGGUCUCUUUCCUUGUUUUUUAACUAGUUUUCCUGAUUUUUUUUUGUUUUCCUCCUAUUGAACAACUGGAGUUUGCUUCUGACUUUUCUGUAGUAUGUAACUUGGUUGUUUUGAAAAGGCCUCCUUUGGUAGAAAAUAUGAAAGCAGGUCAUAUAUUUAAAUGGUAAGAGAUUGAAAGAUGUGUUCAGAGGGACCUGUGUGUCAUUGUACAUGAAACACAGGAAGUUAACAUGUAGGUACAGUAAGCAGUUAGGAAGGCAAAAGGUAGGUCGGCCUUUAUUGCAAGAUUGAUUUGAAUACGUAUGUAGAGACCUCUCUGUCCGGUUAUUUGGAGCCCGGGUGAGACUGUAUUGGUUAUGUGGUGUACAGAUCUAAUCUAUGAAAGAUAUAUAGAGUGCAAUGCAGAUUUGCCAGAUUGAUUUCCCAGGAUGGAGGGUUGUCUUGGGAGGAAAUAUUAAGUUGAAUGGGCCUGUACUCUGAGAUUAAAAGAAUGAGAGGUGAUUUAAAGAUACAUUAUUCUUAAACGACUGGACAGACGUGCAGUCCAUGUUUCCCUUGGCAGAAGUGUCUAAAACAAAGGGUUGCAAACACGAAGCAAGAUGUCAGCCAUUUAGGAUAGAGGUGAAAAGAAAUUUUUUUCACCCAGAGGGUUGUAUGUCUUUGGAAGAGGGCUGUGGAGACUCAGUUAAGACAUAGAUUGACAGCUUUUUAGAUAUUAAAGGAAUCAAGGAAUACAAGUUCAUGCAGGAAAAUGUGCUGAGUUCAAGGAUUUACCAUGAUCUUACAGAAUGAUGGGGCAAGCACGAUGGGCCAAAUAGACUACUAUUUUUGAUGUUCUUAAAGAUCACUGUUAUACCAGGUUGUUAGCUAAUUCAGUGCCACUUUUGGAUUCGCUCUUAACAGACAUCCUGCUCCUUGUUUUUUUUUGCUGCCUGUAGAAUGUGUGACUGAGAUCUUAUUAGCGAUUGUAGUGUUGAGGUUUCCAAUCUUGAGAUCAAUGACGUCAGUCUUAAACCAAUCCCUGUGGAUUUUAAUCUGGAUUGUUAAUCCUCACUUCAAUACCAUAAGGCAGGGGCAUCCAAACUUGAGCCUGUGAGCCAAAUUAGGAGCAGGACCCUCCAUGACUCAGGGGUGCUGAGAAGCAAACCAUCACUACAGAACUUGGGGCUUUCUAAUAUAUGUGCCUUUGUGCUAAACUGACUCCGAAAUUUAUCCAGUGACCCAUGUCUGAGCUCAGUGAUGGCAGUAACAUGAUAAAGCAUUACAUCAGAGAUGUCCAAACAUUUGAACUUGGAAAUUCAUUCAGGUUUGGGAAGAUGACCACAGAUCAUAAUUGUUGCUCAGACUUCUGUGCACAUACACACUGGUGCACAGGGGCAGCAUACUGACAGUCAAGUGGCACAUAGUGCUUAGUUGACACCACUUGCACAAAAUUCUACUACACGCGUGAGGCUUGCAAGAAUACGGAAGCAAAUCUUACCUGAAGGGUUGCGGCCUGCACUGUUGUCAGUUAAGAGAUGGCAAAGUGGUGCAGUUAAUAGAAAUGCUGCCCGAUAGCUCCAGCUGGUCCUGUCUGUCUGCACACACUCUGAGGUUUCAUCUGGUUUCAUCCCAAAGAUAUGCAGGCAGUUGGGUUAAUUGGCCACUAUAAAUGUCCCUAAUGUGGAGCUAAGUGAUAGAAUGAUGAGAAAGUGAGGAGAACAGGUUACAAGGAAAUGAGUAGUGGAGAAUGCAGUUAAUCUGUGAGCUGGCAUAGACUCAUUGGGCCAAAAUGGCCUCUGUUGUAAGGAAAAAUGGAAAUAAUCCAAUGGAACUAUCCAGUGAUCACCCCCCCGCCAGUGGGUGUGGGGUUGAUCAAGGGGAAGCAUAUAACUGGCCUUUGUGUUUCUGUUUACAUGAUGAAAGAGGCAAUAGGUUGGGAUGUUAUACGAUCUCUGGUGGGAUUGCUUUUCUGCAACAACCAGAUUCAGCCUCUUGUGAGAGAGCUGGGAUUUUCGACAGGGAACGUAGAUUUUCAGCAAAGGUAGGGGUUAAUUUCCGUUUGAUCCUUGGUUUGUUCCUGGGUUUCUUUAUUUCUUCAUUGUUUAGUGUAGUCCAUGUCACCAGGAAAUGUAGACAUUAAUGGGGGGGUGAAAUGGGCAAUUCCAGAUCAGUAAGUAAGGUUUGUUUAGGAAGCAUAAUCUUGAGGUUCCAGUUUCUUUGACUUGGGUCCCGGGAAUGGGGAAGAGCUUGGGGAUCUGCAGUUUGUUAUAUGCAAGAUCUUCUGUGCAAAGCAACAGUCUAACUCAAACUGUUAUUGAAGAUUUUCUCUUUUCAAAAAGUAAAUCAACCUUAAGAUGACUGACAACCUUCAGAUGGGAGUAUUUCACACUGGCUCCCAAUGGUUUGGUUGGUCACAGUGGAGAGAGCAGGGGCAACCAGCUGUAUCCUCAUUGUUCCAACUUUGUUGGUCUCUUCUGGGCAUCCUUUCAGGUUACCAUUUCUGUGUCACUAAACAUUAACACCUUGCUGGUAAAUGGGUGUGCAUCUGUAAGUAAUCAAUCUCUGCCAUGAGGCCCUUUGCAAUUGAAUGACCCAACUGGCACACAAAUGACCUCAAGCACUGCAAAGGGCUGGCUCUCCAUGCAGGGAGCUGCUUUAGCAACUACCCUGUACCUGGAAUGAAUAUAACACUUUCCUUGAAACUAUAUCUUGGCCUUUGGUUUGAGAGGGCAGUGGAUAGAGAGAAAAGACUCAAUCCCUCCUGAGUGCCAGGUGGUUGGGUAAGUCACAUUUUUAUUUUGAGUGGAGGAAUUGAGGGAUUGCACCAUACAUUUAGUAGAUUAAUUGAUGGAUGUUAAUUAAUCAGCAGCUCCUUUUAUCAUUGUAUCAUGUGACUACCAGGAUGGUAGAGGCAGAAUGAAAUCUUUUUUUCAUUGAGUAAUUACUAUGAAAGACUCCAUGGGAGCAGCGUGUUUAUAGUGCAAAGUAUACUAAUGGUAUCUGAUUUAACAGGAAAAGCCUCCAAGACAUGUGUUUUGAAAAGGAUGGUGUGGGUGUCACAUUGAACUGUAUGAAGCCCUCUCCCCCCUUCCUCUUCCUUUACACCAGGCUAAGAGGAUGUACUUUGAACCUACUGCUCAUUUCUGCAUCUAGAUCCCUGCUGAGCAUAAAAAGCAUUGAUUUGAUCCAUUGGCAGCUCCUCAGAUGAGGAAAUAGGAGGUCUGCUGUCUGCUCAGAGGCUCAUUGGCUGGGGUUUGUAGCAGGGAGGUAAUUGGUUGGUUUAUAUGCUUGCUGACACUAAACUCAAAUCGUCUUUUUUUCCCCUUUCUAAUGGGUGGGACGGCUGUACAUUUUCUGUGCGUGCAAGAAUAAAGUUUUGUGAAUUAACUGUAUCCUGUGUACAAAAAAAAGUCUAAAGGCUUUGAGUCUUAAAUAAUAAAAAGAUAAAUGACUGGAAUGUUUAAAGCA